AUGGGACAGUGCACCAGCGCCAGCACGAAGAGCGAGAAGUAUCGCCCACUGGGUGAGGUUUUUCGUGCUAAGGUCUUGCCGGUUCACGGAGAUGUCGAACUACCAGGUGCGGGUAUCAACGUUGGGCUUUGCGCCUCUGGCGGUGGCUGCCGCGCCAUGUCCUUCUCGACGGGAGUCUACCGGGCCCUGAACGAGCUGGAAGUUUUGGGAAAGCUGGAUGCCAUAAGCUCUGUGUCCGGUGGAACGUGGUGUUCCUCGAUUCUGAUGUUUGCCAGAGAGUUCAAGGGAGCCCCCAUCGAGACAUCCGAGCUGCUCGGGAAGGUAACGAUACCUGCAGACUUGACCAUGGAAGCACUGAAGGAGGAGGUCCCACUCCUCUCGGGAGUUGUAAAUGGCGACUCCAGUACCAUUGUGAAGGCGCUCUUGGAGGAACACAAGGGACGGGAGUAUGAGGUUUGGCCGAAGUUGAUGUCGGAAUGGCUGCUGCGAAACUUUGAUGGCCUCGACAGCCUAGAGGCUUACAUGGCCUUAGAGGAGGACUUGAAGCGCAUCAGGGAGGACAACCCUCAGCUGGAGAAGAAGCGAUUUCUCACCCCGCGGACAGAUAAGCCACGAACCUUCAUCAUGAAUGGUUGCUCGUUGGCACCUCUGAAGUACGAAGCUUCCAAUGACAAUGUGGUGUCCUUUCAGAUGUGCCCUGACUUCACCGGCAGCCCCUUCUAUCCCCAGAACCAGCAGGUGAAGUACAGCAUGGCGCCCAUGUUGCCCUGCAAGGAUUUUGGCCUCUCCGGCCUGCGAAGUCUGAAUCGAACCAUGGGCGGAGGCUUUACCGAGACCUUUGCCUUCGGUGGUGCGGCUCCGAAGGAGCAGUCUGGAGGCGAGAAGUGUGUCUUGAAAGAGCCCAGCAGCCCCUUUGCGCUGCCCUAUGCCGUGGGCAUCAGCAGCUGGGCAGCCGGAGGAGCUUUGAACCAGGCGCGGGGUCCCGAAUGGUAA